AUGUUGGGAAGGAGAUAUAUUCAUUGCACGCUAAAUCUAGCUGCUCGUACCAAAUUUACCAAGCCAAAGCCUCCACAACCAAAUUCUUCUAAUCCAAGGAAGCCAACUCAAUUAACUCAUCACCAUACAAAUUUACGUGUUACAAGACCUGUUCCUCCAACUGUGGCUCAAAUAGAAUGCCCUGACAACCAUCCUUUAUGGGAGUUUUUCAAAGAACGACAAUUUAUUAGAGACACUGCUCAACUGCAAGUUUUUAAGCAAUUUGGAAGACCUUGGGGGAUUACUGAAUUACGUAGGAAAUCCUUUAAUGAUUUGCAUUCGUUGUGGUAUUCUUGCUUGAAAGAAAGAAAUAUAUUGCAAAGAGAGAGACAUGUAUUUCUUAAUGGGGCUCGAGCACAUCAACAAAAUGAUCCAUUUGAAGAAGUCGAUGCACAAAUAAAAACAACUAUGUGGAGGAUUAGACAUGUUUUAAGUGAAAGAGAUAGAAGCUGGAAUAGAAUUAAGAAUGAUGAUGAGGAGCUUUAUUUCCAAAAGAGAAUUGAAUUUAUUGAAGAAUUUGAAAAGAGUUUUAUUGAAGUGGAAGAUGAUAUUACAGCUUUUGAAAGGUUAGAGAGAUUUCAAUGGAUCGUAUUUGGCAUAAGUGAAGUCAUUGAAGAGAACAACAAUAUCGAUAGAGUUUUUACCGAUGGUAUUAAACAUAUUGCCAAUUGGAAGCUACAGAGAUUUUAUAAUAAUUUAAAAAAAGAUGAAGGAUCGGAUAAUAAAAAUGAAUAUCCUUUAUUAGAUGAAAUAGCAAAACAAGGUAAAAUCACAGACAUUGGUGAAGCAUUUGUCUUAUUUGCAUCAGAAAAUAAUAUUCAAGAUAUAAAUGAAUCAUGUAUAGCCAUUAAAGAAUUACGUGAAAAAAUCAUAAAGUUCAAAAACAAGAUGAGAUAUCGACAUUAA